AUGGUCCAUGAAGGUAAAUCCUACACCAUGAUUGGCCGAGAUGACUCGCUUCAAACUCUGGGAAUAAUCCCAUGUGCCAUCUCCUGGCUGUUUAAGCUCAUCAAUGAGAGGAAGGAAAAAACCGGAGCUCGCUUCUCAGUGCGCGUCUCUGCAGUGGAGGUUUGGGGAAAAGAGGAGAACCUUAAGGACCUGCUGUCUGAAGUCGCUACAGGAAGCCUACAGGAUGGACAGUCACCUGGAGUCUACCUGUUUGAGGACCCCAUCUGUGGCAUGCAGCUCCAAAACCAGUCUGAGCUGCGCGCUCCGACCCCAGAGAAGGCCGCCUGGUUUCUGGAUGCAGCCAUAGCAGCUCGCCACAGCAGCCAGCGGCCAAACACCACCGAAGAAGAACACAGGAACUCACACAUGCUGUUUACACUACACAUAUACCAGUAUCGCAUGGAAAAGACCGGCAAAGGAGGGAUGUCAGGAGGACGCAGUCGCCUCCACCUGCUGGACCUGGGAAGCUGUGAUGUCAAAGUGCUCGGAGGAGUAGGAGGAGGAGGAGGAGUGGGAGGAGCGGGAGGUGGGAAAGGAAGGGAGAACUCUUCGCCCAGCUCGGCCCCUCUGUGCCUUUCUCUGUCUGCCCUCGGUAACGUGAUCCUGGCCCUGGUGAACGGGAGCAAACACAUACCUUACAAGGACAGCAAGCUGACCAUGUUGCUAAGGGAGUCGCUAGGCAACAUGAACUGCCGGACCACCAUGAUUGCUCACAUCUCUGCCUCACCCAGAGAUUUCUCAGAAACGCUUUCCACCAUCCAGAUUGCUUCCCGCGUCCUCCGCAUGAAAAAGAAGAAAACUAAAGUCACAGUGCAAUACACGUCCAGCUCCUCUGGAGGAGAGAGCUCCUGCGAGGAAGGUCGCAUGCGUCGACCGACUCACUUGCGACCUUUCCAUCACCGUGGCGACACCGACUCUGACCUUCCCUUGCUGCGACUGUCCAGCGACCCUGACGAAUAUUCGAGCAGCGAGCAGUCAUGUGACACGGUGAUCUACGUUGGUCCGAAUGGAGCCGCGGUGUCAGACAGAGAGUUGACGGACAACGAGGGGCCGCCAGAAUUUGUACCAAUAAUUCCUGCUUUGCUUCGAGGGAAAACAUCAGAGCCACUCCAAACACAGCCAGCUGGAGCCCAGAACAAGCUCCAACAGGUGGAGCCAGAGGAGCCGGGCCCCCCCCAGCCUCAGCCCUCUCUGCUGGGGCAGCCACUGGCCCCCGUCCCAGAGGAGGCAGCUGAGUGCCUGAAGUGCAACACAUUUGCUGAGCUGCAGGAGAGACUGGACUGCAUCGAUGGCAGCGAGGAGGUUGCAAAGUUCCCAUUUGAAGAGGGUUCAGCGGGCAAACCAGGCCCAAAACAGGAGCCAUGUCCAUCUUCAGCUGUCCCAUCUGCAGCUGUCCCAUCUUCAGCUGUCCCGUCCUCAGCUGUCCCGUCCUCAGCUGUCCCGUCCUCAACUGUCCCGUCCUCAGCUCCCGCUGCGCCUGGCUCUGCUGCUGCGUUGGAUACAGAAGCCAAAACAGGCUCUGCUGCAGGAGGCGCAGUGCAGUUCUUUUCCUCGACAGUAACCACUUCCAGGAGGAGGACCAAUGACCAGCAGCUGCAGGAUAUUAAGGAGGUGGUGGAGGAGGCAGAGCUGGCCCAGACCAUGAUCCACAGCCUGGCUCAGAGUUCUGGUUCCCCCAUAGUAACCAGCACCAGGAACGUCACAGGGAACAGCUGCAUCACCUCGAGCCCCCUGCACAGGACCAAGAGCUGCAUGCAUGACAGCCAUGAGAGUCUGAAUAUGGGCACUGAUGGGAAGGCCCGUCCAUUGGGAUCACCGCGCCUCGGCAUCGCCAGCCUGACCAAAACCUCAGACUACAGGCCUCCGUCCUCCCCGUCCCAGCGCUGUAAAGUGUACACCCAGAAGGGCGUGAUGCCGGCGACUCCUCCUCUGUCCUCUUACACUCUGGCUCAGGAUGGCCAGGGCACAGAAGUGUUGACCUCCGACAACAGUUUGGCUGCAGACAGCGGCCGCUCCUCCACGGACUCCAUGCUGUCCAGGACUUCUCCGGUGGGCAUGAGUCCACAAGUCCGAGAGCCAGCUCAGUCUCUGUCCGCCAGCCUGGGAUCAGCAGAGACGCUCUGUGACGACGACGUCCCUCCGAUCCCCCUGGACACGCUCAGAGAUGCCUCAGGGCUGGCACUAUCUGUAGGAACAGUUGGACCUCUCUCGCGCGGGGAGGAUGAACUGAUGUAUGCUGUGGUUUCUGGAGGUGAAGAGGACCUUGUUGUUACAGCUAUAAUGGACACUCAGGAUCUGACCUGUCGUCCAACGAGCAUCAUGAGCUUCAAGAGCGACUGCUGCUCCGUCACUUCCCUCGCCUCGGGCCACGGUUCUGCUGAGGGUGGAGCUGUGGAGGAUUAUCACAUGCCUGCAGGGCCUGCAACCACCUCAGGGGUGGCAGAGGUGGCCAUGGCCAAGCUGCGGAUCGAAGGUGAAGCUUUGGCCACAGUGAUAUCACGCUGUGGUUCACCCAUUUCCUCCUGGAUGAGUGACCUGAGCAUGGCCAGUGAGGCGGACCAGUCCAUCCACAGCUUCAGUCAGUCCCAGAGCCAGCAAGGGGAGGCCCUGGCUGAACCUGAGCCCGCCCAGAGCCAGGUGCUCGGGGCGGAGGGGCCGGGUGGGUACGAGAGCUGUGGCAGCCCGAGAAGAGGGAGUCUGGACGGAGAGGUGGUCCUGUCAGAAAAUACGUGUGAUAAGGCAACUCCAACGAAAGACAGGCGGAGGAAACUGCCUCCCUCCAUGGCUAAAACUAACAUCCAAAUCCUGGCCGGUCCGGGGUACUUCUCCCCCUUCAAGCCCAGCAUCAGUGUGCACCCCUGUGUGGCUGUCAAACCCAUGGUCAUACAGGAACCAACCAUCCUGUCUUCACCCACCAAGGCCAGCCUAAUGAAAGACAAAUUCACUGCACCACUUCUAGCUUCUAUUUCCAGUGACAUGAGCUUUGAGGACCCCUGGUUGAAGCGUGGCAUGGAGGAGAGGAAGUCCAGGGAGCUGGUGUGUGAAGUGAAGCCGGAGAAGAGGGAGGUCGAGCUUUCAAAGCUCCAGACUGGAGCUGUGACAGGAGACCAACGAGGGUUCUGCAAGGAUGGUGGUUAUCGUGGCGGCUAUAGUCCAGGUGUUGAGGUUGUGUCGUCUCCAGAUUUCUUUAAGAGGGUGGUGGACGGCUGUGAGAUGGUGGUGGUCGCUCCUCAGGGAGAAUGCCUGACUGGUUUCUACAGCCCAGACGUCCACCGUACAGCCAGCCUCCCCCGCGGCUGGCACCGCCUCAACCGCCACGACGGCCUGGACAUUGGGACGGAGUACCGACAUCUUGGAGUCACCUCUUCCACUCCCUGCAGUCCCAGAGCCACACUUGACCGCAGAGGAUCAACGGGGAAACAGGGCUUUUUCUCCCACAGGAAGGGGGGGAUCCCACCUCUGCCACCGAUAAGGAAGUCCAGUCUCGACCAGAGGAACCGAGCAGUCAGCCCUCUCCCCCAGCCCAGCUAUGGAGGCUUGUUUCUGGGCAGCUCAGCAGAUGAUACAGAGAUCUCCAGACUACGAGGCUCCAGCAUAGACAGCAGCAGACUUUUCAGCGCCAAGUUGGAACAGCUUGCAAACAGAACCAACUCUCUGGGUCGGGUGAACAGCUCCCACAGUGGAUCCCACCACUAUGACUGCUUCUCUCUGGAGAGAGGGGGGAGCCUGAGAGGGGGAGGAGGAGUAAAGGGGGACAGCACCAUGCCUCGUACUGGGCGCAGCCUGACCCGGGCUGGAUCAGUAUCUUCUCCCAGUGGAAACGCUGGCAGCCCCGGUUUCAGCGCCAGUCCCGGCAGCGCCUCGCAGUCACCCGCCAAAUCCAGCGGCCAGUCAAAGAUCUCAGCGGUCAGUAAGCUGCUGAUGACCAGCAGUCCCAAAACCAGGAGUCUGUCUUCGUCCAGCACCAAAACACUGAGCUUCUCCACCAAGUCUUUGAGCCAAGCCUCCAGCCGCAGCUCCAGCCUUCCCCCUAUUGUAAAGCCCCAGAGCUUGGUCCCGCCCACUCCUCAGCCGCAGCAGCAGCAGCAGCAGCAGCAGCAGCAGCAGCAGGGACCCUCCCCUGUGUCCUGGUCCACCCAGUCUCUGAGUCGCAGCAGGGGGGUAAGCCUGUCUGCCAAGCUGCCUCUCCGGGCUGUCAACGGUCGAAUCUCAGAGCUCCUCCAGGGAAGUGCAGGCUCUCGUUCCAGGAGUCAUGCCCAGGGAGGAGGCACUGAUCCAGCAGAGGAGAGAGGAGCUGCAGGGGCAAGUGGAGGGGGAGCUGUAGCAGUAAGUGGGGGUAGUGGUGGAGGUGCAGGUGGAGGUGCAGGUAGCAGCGUGGGGGGGGAGGAGAAGGCAGCCGUGGUCCAAACGCUGCCCUCCCCCUACAGCAAGAUCACAGCGCCCAGAAAGCCCCAGCGCUGCAGCAGUGGCCAUGCGAGUGACAACAGCAGCGUACUGAGUGGAGAGCUCCCCCCGGCCAUGGGGAAGACAGCCCUGUUCUACCACAGCGGGGGCAGCAGCGGCUAUGAGAGCAUGCUGAGAGACAGCAGCGAGAACACAGGAAGUACGUCCUCCGCCCAGGACUCCCUCAGUGAGCACAGCUCGGCCACCACCUCCUCCAGGCGGAGCUCCAAGAGCAGCAAGAAGAGCAGGAGCAACACAGGUCUGCAGCGUCGUCGUCUGAUCCCAGCGCUGACCUUGGACUCUUCCUCCUCCUCACCCUCUCACCGCUCCUCCAAGCAGGCCGUCACAUCAUCUUCUUCGUCCUCCUCUAGCCCAGGUGCAUGCUGGGUAGAUGGCCCACUGGGGCCCCCGGCUCCCUCAAACCUCCGGGGCCCGGCUGCCACGACAGAAACCUUCGAGAUCAAGGUGUACGAGAUAGAUGACGUCGAGCGACUGCAGAAGAGGAACAAAGGAGGGAGCAAGGAGGUGGUGUACGUCAGCGCCAAGCUGCGGGUGUUGGAGAACCGUCAGCAGAGAAUCACUGAAGUCAGAGCAAAGUACCAGUGUCUGAAGAAAGAGCUGGAACAAACCAAGCAGCACCUGAUGCUGGAGCCGCACAAAUGGACCAGCGAGUUUGAGAUACAGCCGACCCACGAAGUUGACUCACUGGAGUAUUUGGAGGCUCUGGAGACCGUGACGGACAAACUGGAGACUAGAGUCAACUUCUGCAAAUCCCACCUGAUGAUGAUCACCUGCUUCGACGUGUCCUCCAGAAACCGGUAGACGAUGGAGGGACGGAGAGCUGGAGGAGAGAGAGACGCAGACACAGCUGGACUCAAUUAGACUCACCCUUUCCCCACCAAUAACUCGAUAUCUUCUUAAUGGAUAUUAUUGAAUGGUUGUAAGAAGGAUACAGGGGCGGACCGACCUCUCAUCCUCCUCCAGAUGUAAGUAGCAGAAGGACAGAGAGAUGGAAGAAAUAGAGAUAUUUACAGAUAUUUAACAGACCAGCAGACGGAUACGUUUAUAGAUUUUCUUUUCUUGGGGCUUGAAAAAAACCACCUCAGAAAUAACCUUUGAACAGCAUCUAUUGAACGGGCUACUUUGAACCAGAUGAAUAUGGCUGAAGCGGAUACAUGGCUCUGGGUCUGAAAAGAAAGAUCAAACGUAACCAGGACCAGUGAAUAAUUAGACACCUCUAAGACUGAGUCGAACAUUUGGGAAUGUAUGGAGAGGAAAGUAGUCGAGAGAGGAACAAAAAACUGCCAUUUUUUUCUAAACAAAGCCGCCGAGGAGAAGAACAAUUUCUCCCACCGUUUUAGAAGAGCACUUUUUAGAUCACGCAGUUGAGAGCCAUUGACUGCAGCAUGGUAUUGUUGUGCAGUUAAUAAUGAGAAAAUGACCAAGAGAAAGACAGGAGGACAAAGGAAAUGAUUUAGAUAAGUGCCUUGUGAACAAUUCAUCAAUACCAAUUCUAUUUCUCACUGAAUUUGUGUACUUGCAGUAAGUAUGGUGCUAGCAUAGAAAAAAAAAGGCCACAAAGAUCAGUGUGCUUGGAAAAUCUUUGAAUCUAUAGCAAUCUUUGAAUGUGAUGUUCUACUGUGGGUUGUUGUUUCACUAUAUCAUAACCAAUAGUGUUUGUUUGUAUGGUCUUUGGUACACUGAUGAGAGGUGAGACUCAACUGGAUCCCUAACUAAAAUAGACCUACAGAAGAUGGACAUGGACACAUUGUCUUUUUAAAUGGUGCAAGGACCAAAAAUCCCAUAACAAAAAAAGUACAUGAUUUUUCCAGGACACAGAGAAAUGUGUGUUUGAAAUAAGAUUUUAAAAAAACACUAGUUUCUUGUGCGGUUGUUUUUGACUUUCCCCACAAAUAGAGCACAUCUGAAUGUUGACCCUCGGGGGCUUACAUACAGCAUGUCUCCCCAGAUACAGAUGUGAUGGCUUGUUCAUGUUCACAAAGCAAUGAAACGUCUGAGUCACACAGGAGAGGAAAUGGAAAUGAGUUUUCUCUGCUCCAGUGUGAAGUUCAUCCAUCGAGUGUCGGACUGACUGACACGCAGACCGUCUGUUAUUUGUAUCCGUGUUGUUCUGCUCUAUUCUAAAAGAAAAUGAAUGAUUUGUCAACGUGUGUGUUUUAUAUUAAGGUUUUCUUUUUUUAUUUGAGUGCAAUGGGACCACGUGGAGAAUAUGUAUUUUAGAAAGAGAAUACAAAAAGAGAUAUUUAAGACAAAAUUGUGAGGAAGAUGCAGGAUAAUUAUACUUCUUAAGACCUGUAUUAUUGGAACAAAGUAGUGAAUUAAAGAAUUACUCACUUGAAACGACAAUAACAAACUUUUUAUAUAAUUCCAGUUUGUCUUUUAUUUAAAGGAGACAGACUUUAUAAAAGAACAAUUUAAAAUAAAUAUAUAAAGGACUGAAAGAGAACUAAAGAAAAGGAGGGUGACUAAAUGAAAGGCAUAGAUCUCUGCCUGGUUCCAUUUGUUUGGACGGCUAGCAACAAUUUGUUAAUAUCAUUAUCUAUGGUGCUUGAGAUGUUUAUGAUCUAAAUGUUUGUACAAAUAUAAAUAUAAAAAAGAGCCUGUUUCCCUCCAGAACCAUACCCUUCGAAUGCUUCUUCUACAUCGCUGUCCUCACGUCUGUCCUCACGUCUGUCAUCACGUCUGUCAUCACGUCUGUCCUCACGUCUGUCCUCACGUCUGUCCUCACGUCUGUCCUAUCGUCUGUCAUCACGUCUGUCCUCACGUCUGUCCUCACGUCUGUCAUCACGUCUGUCCUCACGUCUGUCCUCACGUCUGUCCUCACGUCUGUCCUCACGUCUGUCAUCACGUCUGUCAUCACGUCUGUCCUCACGUCUGUCCUCACGUCUGUCCUCACGUCUGUCCUCACGUCUGUCCUCACGUCUGUCCUCACGUCUGUCCUCAUUCUCCCUCUGAACGCCUUUAGUCUGCAAGCAGAGAGCAUUCUGGGAGAUCCUGUUUGUUGUCUGAGAGGUAAAAAGAGAAAAAGAAACCGACUGUAAAGAUAUUGGUAUAACUUGUCAAAAGACAUCUUGGUGCUAAAAGUAUCUUUUUCCAGAUACAGGAAAUGAUUUUUAACGUCAUUACACUAUUUAAUUUGCUGUACACCUUCAGUGACAGCAUAUGGAUAAUGCUGCGGGAAAUGAACCCCGAAACUGAGAUGCUUUUGACAGACUGGACCUAAGAAGCGAUUUCACUCGAGGUGAGGGAGGGAGCCCUGUUUCACCUCCUGCGAACGCUUCCUGUUUUUAUCUCCCAGAUCCCCCUGCCAGUCAUGAAUGAAGGUUUAUUUAUUUGAGCUCAGGAGAGAGCAGGGUCGCUUAUCAAUGUUCUUAUUUAUUUACACCUUAUGAUCUUAAAAGUUACUAUGCAUUUAAGAAAAAAUAACUGUACAUACUUUGCUGAGCCCAUGUCAUAUAAAUAUAUAUACUGUACACAUAUCAUAUAUACGCUCAUUUUUAUUUUAUAUAUUUUCUGUUGGUUUUGUUUGCUCCUGUUGUUCCUGCUGGAGAUUUGAAUGGGAUUUGGGUUUCCUAAAACAUCCAGGGUAGAUGUGUUGUUCCAGAGCAAAAUGAUCAGAAUGUUUUCAUGUCAGUAUAUAAUACAGUAUUAUCUUAAGCCUUGUGAAAUUUGCAGUGGAUGUUUUGGGAACCCCAACCUCUAGAUGAGCUAAAUGGACGGUACUUGUUUCCAGAUUUAAGAUGCUAUGUGUGAGGUUUCAUCCUUGACGCUUCACUGCCACAUUUAAUGAGGAAGCCCUUUAUAAUCCUAGCAAUAAUUGUAACGGCCCCAUAUUGUUUAUAGCUACCAUAAUAGAUCACAUAAAGCUUUCAGAAAUAAAAAGCUUUUUCAUCUGAAGAAACUGCUAAAAGGGAUCGCUCAUUGUCAGGUGCUUUAAAUAAAUUAUCAACAAAAUGGCAUCUGUUUCAUCAGGAUUAGGGUAUAAAACACUACAAGCACGCAGUCUAAUGAACAACAUAACUGUGUCUUCCUAGAGCGCUCAAGAUUGAUGUGUUAUUUGGAAAACUUACACGUAGCAUCUUUAAGAUUUUAGGGAGAAUUGUAUGUUAAAGUAUGGAUCAGACCACAUUUCCCACAAAUUCAUUUGAUCUGUAGCAGUAAGAAAUGUUUUAAGACAGAGCGGUUACAAUCUCUACAAAACUGAUUCAAACCAAUUACUGUUUCAGUUUGAAGGGCAAUCUGUUAAGACGAAGAAAAAGGUAUUUCCUCUGAGAUUUAGCCAGCGCUGCAACACACUCAGUGCAAACCUGAGAAUAUGACGUGUCAGAUUUUCACUGUGUGUGUGUUCAAAUGAUUAGAAACUACGAUUAUAACAUGCUCUACAGAUUUACUGUUCCUGAGAAAUGUGGUCUGACACAUUGUGUUGAUGGAAGAGCAAGAUGGAGGGAUGUAAAUAAAGAAAUGUAUUGAAAGAG